ACACAAGUUGAAACAGAGCCUGCGUUCCAAGAUUUGGCUAAAAUGAGUAAAGAUCGGGCUUUCUAUUCUGAGGACUGCCACAAAAAUGAGCUUGUGGCUGAAUUACGACGCCUUGGCGAGGAGAACCAGAAGCUUAAGUCAAUGAUCCACAUCAUUAGGGGAAACUAUCAGGGCUUGCAAACGCAACUCACGAAGAAACAGGAAGAGUAUUUGAGGUCGUUUCCCAGUUCUUUAGGAAGGGAUUUGACUUUGGGCACAGAUGUUGCAGAGGAAACGAAUAACGAAGGACAUGGGCAUCAGGCUACGGAUCAUAGCGGGGAUUCUAGCGCUGCACAUUCUGAAAGCUCACAAGAGAAGAAAUCCAAAUCGUCCAUGGAAAAUGAUCGGCUGCCCAGUAAGAAGAGAAAAGUAAACUAUGAGUUGGACCAGAGCACAAAUGGUGAAAGCAAUUCAUAUGAAGAUAUCUCUUUACCGAAUAAGAAGCCUCACGUAGCCACCAUGAAUUCUGACUAUCCAAAAGUGCCCCUCCCUAAGAAAAUUGUAACUGUCCGCACAAGAUCAGAAACAACCACGGUAAACGAUGGUUGUCAAUGGCGCAAAUAUGGACAGAAAACAACAAGGAAUAGUCUUUGGCCUAGAGCUUAUUACAAAUGUGCGGUUUCUUCAUGUCCGGUAAAAAAACAGGUACAGAGGUGCACUGAAGAUCCUGGCAUUGUGAGCACAACCUAUGAAGGAGAUCAUAAUCAUUUGCUGAGUCCAGUUGCUAUGGCGGCCAUGACCGCUACUACGAAUGAGCGUGGUGAAGGUCUAACUAGAGGCAAUGAGCUGCCCUUUCAUCCUUCCAUUGCUACCAUCUCCUCAAUGGGUUCUUCUCCCACCAUCACUCUGGACUUCACCGACAAUCCUAUCCCCGCUUCUAACCCUAAUCAGCUGCCUAAUCCUGCAUCACACCCAAUACGCCCACAAGUACAAGGAGGAAGCUUUUCUCAAUUCCCCAGUUCUCUAUAUAACAGCAAUACGAAUUACAGUCAAUUAGGAUUCGAUCCAGUGGCCUCCAUCAAAUCAGAUCCCAAUUUUGCUGCAGCACUGGCUGCUGCUGUAGCCAGUUCUAUACUCCAAUUGGGUGCAACGUCUAAGGGAUAAUGUCAUGUAAGGUAGAAAACCCUCUGACUCUGUAUAAUACAUAAGUCAUGUACUUUUAUAUGUACUCAAUGUCUUUGCUUAAUACCCAGCUGGAGAUAUCGAUCAUGUUUUGGAGAGAGAAAAGCCUCAAGGAAUUUCGCUCUCAGAGAUGUAAUUCAUUUCUCAUGCUGGAAACUUGUACCCAAUGCCGUCCAUUGUUGGAUUUGUAUUUUUGAGAUUGAAUUGAAAAGCCUUGAUGGAUUAGUGUCAAAUUGUCUACAGUUUUUCACUUCGUGAGCCACUUCUUAUUC